AUGGACGACUACAAGAAGUACCUGGCAGAGAAUAUUCUCUCAGAGGACAAAGUGAUAACAUAUCGCUUGCUAAGUCGAGCAUUGAAAGUCCACGUCAACAUUGCAAAGCAGAUGCUCUAUGACUUCCAUGAAUGGCAAAAUGUCAAGCGCCCGGGUGCUGUCUAUGCCACCUACCUGCUUUACGGCACUAAGCAAUCUGAUGAGGGGGCUUCUCAAGGCCAGGCCGGCAAAAAUGGUGACAUUGAGAUGGCGAACUCCAUGCCAGAAGAUGAAUCAGCUGGCGAAGUAGUGCCUACUUUGACUCUGUCACUCGUCCCAGAAGAGCGCCUCAAGGAUGCCCUUGCAACUUACGACGAAAUCACGUCUAUUCAUGUUUACAGUCUAGGGCCUCAUCCUAUGAAGGAUAUGGCAUCGCUCAUUGAUGCAGCACAGCAACUUCUCAGUCUUCCCACGCCUACUGAUUCCUCUGGCGCACAUAAAACCUAUGGCGCUAUUGUCAACCCACAUGUCCGCCGGAGGGAACGGCGAGGUGCUGGUGCAAAAUCUGUGGCUGCCAACGCUCAGAAAGCAGCUGCAAAAACGUCUACCAAACCCCUUUCCAUAGUCAAGGAGGAACCUAAGCUCAUUCAAUCUCCCCCGGCUAAAGAAACGGCCAAAGAAACGGCCUCGGCUGCUACUGCACCAGCUCCAGUGAAGAAGCCUGUGCCGACCUUGAAAAGGGGUGGUUCUUCUGGGUCUGGUAUCAUGCAGUCAUUCGCCAAAGCAGCAGCUGCAAGGGCGAAGAAAGCAGAGGCAUCACAGCCAGCAACCCCCAGCGGUGAUGACUCGAGUAUGCAACCCAUGUCGGAGGGUGAAGAAGACGAUUCUGAGGUACUCCCGCAGCCCAAGGUUCAGGAUAAACCCGGCCGAAAGGGCAAAAAAGAGCGCGAAGAAGAGCUACGGCGGAUGAUGGAGGACGACGACGAAGAGGGGGAGGAGGAGGAAGCCGAGGACAAGGCACCUUCUCCAGCUGAAGAGGUCGUGGAGGAGCCACCAGUUCCAGAGCCCGUAAAGGAGGAACCAGCCGAGAUUAUAUCGGGGUCUGGUGGUGGACGCCGGCGGGGAAAGAGAAGGAUCAUGAAGAAGCAGCAGAUCCUUGACGACCAAGGUUAUCUAGACUCAAAACAAGAGCCAUUGACGGACACCUUCGACAUUGAAGCGUGCCCAGACUACGAGUCUUACGCGACCUAUCCUCAUCGCCCCCUCAGCGAAGGGCCCCUGGCCUUGCCGUUUCAGCGACCCGACCCGCGAUGUCGCACGUUCCGCUCCGACGCCAUCGAAAAGGUCAUUCAGGACGUGACGUCUCGCAUGAAAGACGUGGACCUCGCGCGGCUGUUCGAGAACGCGUUCCCGUCGACGACCGACACGACAGUCAAAUUCCAUACAGACGGCAGUACGGACGGCAAGCAGAAGGGAAAGGGGCGGGGCGGCGGGGCGCUGGGGGAGGAUGGCAAGUGGGCUGGCCCCCAGUCGUUCAUCAUAACGGGCGACAUCAUUGCCGAGUGGCUGCGCGAUUCGACAAACCAGCUGAAGCCGUACCAGCCGCUGGCGAAGAAGGACCCCGCGAUCCGCAACCUCAUACUGGGCGCCAUCAACACGCAGUCCGAGUACGUGAUCGAGUCGCCUUAUUGCAACGCUUUCCAGCCGCCGCCGAUCUCGGGGCUGUCCACCAGCACGAACGGCCAGGAUGACGUCGUGCACCCGGCUUAUGAGCCGUCGUUCGUGUUCGAGUGCAAGUACGAGCUCGACUCUCUGGCCCAUUUCCUCAAGCUGGCAAACGACUUCCACGAGCAUACGGGCAGCAGGGAAUUCCUGGGCCCCAGGUGGUACGCAGCGCUCGAGACCGUUCUCAGGGUGCUGGGGGAGCAAAGCGAGAGCACUUUCGAUCCGGACACGGGACGCUAUGUGCGGAACGGGUACACGUUCCAGCGCCGUACCGAUACCGGAACAGAGACGCUGAACCUGAUGGGCGUGGGGAACCCGUUGAACAACGGCACCGGCCUCAUCAGGUCCGCCUUCCGGCCGAGCGACGACGCCACGAUCCUCGGCUUCUUCAUCCCGGCCAACGCCAUGAUGGCCGUGGAACUGAAGCGCACCGCGGCGAUCCUGAAGUCGACGACGGGCGGCAACAGUCGAGAUGCCGAGCUGGCCCAGACCCUCGAGAGCUGGAGCGAGGGCAUCACCAAGGGGAUCUGGGAGCACGGCGUUGUCAGCCACCGCAAAUAUGGGCAGGUCUUCGCGUACGAGGUGGACGGCUACGGCAGCACGAUACUGAUGGACGACGCGAACUAUCCCAGCCUGCUGGCCCUGCCGCUCAUGGGGUUCGUGACGAAGGACGACGUGACAUAUAAGAACACGCGGCGGAUGCUGCUGGACAGGGCGAGCAACCCGUACUACCUCGAAGGAAGAGAGUUUAAAGGAAUCGGAGGUCCCCAUAUUGGCCUUCAAAACGCAUGGCCGAUGAGCCUUUUGAUCCAGGCCCAGACAUCGGACAGCGAUACCGAGAUCUUGGAAUGUCUCAACCUGGUGCUAAAAUCCAGCAAGCUGGGACUGAUACACGAGAGUGUGGACGUCAACAUCGCGAUGUCAUACACGAGGAGCUGGUUCGCGUGGGCCAACGGCGUCUUUGCCGAGACGAUUCUGAAUCUUGCCAAGCGUAAGCCUUACUUGAUUUUCACUGAUGCCAGGGUAUACGAGAUAUAG